UAGAGAUGGAUUCUCUGCACAAAAUGAUGAAGGUUACCAUAUUCCUGCUGGUUGCUAUGCUGAUCUUCAGCCAGUACACACGUGCUCAGUCAUGUGCUGUUGAUAAUGCAAUUGACCAGAAGAUUGCGACAUCUGUUGCCGCCAAAGUGUCAGCAGCCCUGGCGAGAGCCCAGCUGGUUUGUAUAAACAUAAGUUCACGUGGAAGACUUGCCGUCUGUCCUUCAGGCUACAAAACUACUUCCUGUUCCUGUGGAAUGGCUUGUGGUUCCUGGGAUAUUCGAAAUGAAAAUAUCUGUCACUGCCAGUGUGCCGUCAUGGACUGGGCAUCUGCCCGAUGUUGCAAAGUGAGCAUCUGACAAUUCCUCAGCUGCUUGCUGGCUCUCUGGGCCUAAGUACUUCGACCAAUAAAAGCAUCAAACCCUU